CACAGACAAGCAGCACAAUUUCACUCUUCAAAGAACCUUCAACAUUCCCAUAUUGAUACCAUAAAUCUCUAAUUAUAGACAACCAACGUCGACAAGACCGGGAUCCAGGAGCCUUUGUGCCUACUCGCAAAGAUAAGCCGACAUAUUCCAAGAGACAAAAGUUCUGAGCCGGCCGCGACCAUCAUCUGGUGUCCGCUCGUAACUCUCAACACAAUUGCAACCAUGGCAACAGUGGAAAACGCGAAAAAGCGGAAGCUACAAGAUGACGAAAAGCCGCGCAAGAAGCACAAGAAGCACAAGAAGGUGCGCGAGGACGAAGCAGACCUGGACGUGGAGGCUGGCUUGAACAGGGCCUUUGAGCGGAUGGACGGGCAGCUCCUCGCAGACCACCUGGCCCAAAAGACACGCCGUUUCGGCACGGACUUGAGCCCAAUCGAGCUCGCGGAUCUGUACAUCUCUGCCAACUGCAUCCGAGACAGCACGUCAUGGGAGAAGCCGCGGUCCCUGGAGAACCUACCAGAGUUUCUCGAGACCUUCUCAAGAGAGUCUGAGAAACUCGACGAGGCGCCGAAGAAGGCCGGGUCGCCACACACCAUCAUCGUCGCGGGUGCCGGUCUCCGGGCAGCGGAUCUGGUGAGGGCGGUGAGGAAGUUUCAGAAAAAGGGCAACACGGUGGCAAAACUGUUUGCCAAGCACUUCAAGCUCGAAGAGCAGGUUUCUUUCCUUCAAAAGAGCCGCACCGGCAUUGCAGUCGGCACGCCUCAGCGGUUGAUUGACUUGAUCGAGAAUGGUGCUCUAUCUAUCAAGGACUUGAAAAGGAUCGUUGUCGACGCAUCACAUAUAGACCAGAAAAAGCGAGGUAUUGCGGAUAUGAGGGAAACAAUGUUACCCCUUGCGAAGCUGCUGUGCAGGAAGGAUCUUAAGGAGAGGUAUGAAGACGACGACACAAGCAAGCACAUCGACUUGCUCUUUUAUUAGACAUCUGGAAAAGUUACGGGCACAAUCAGUCUUGUAGACCUAGAUACCACUGGAGUUUUAUGGCCAUAAGUGUUCGCGCGCCAUCUACCCUUCCCCCCUUUAGUCGCCAGCUCGCUCUGGAUUUGUCACCUCCGCGAGUAUUCCGUAUAGCUCGCGGUAUCCUCAGAUGCGGGCUCAAAGCGCUCGAAGCAAAAGCAAUGGUCUCUAAGGCAAGGCU